AUUAGCCACCAUUCGACUUAAAUUAAUUUUAUAUUACUUUUUUUAACAAAUUAUUACUAUUCUUAUUUAUUUAUGUUUUAAGGCUUUAUCUCAUUGUUAUCUCAGAACACGACACCGCUUUUACUCUCUACGGUGAAACCGCUCCCGAUCUCGCUCCGAUCUCCUUCACACUGCGACCUCGCUCCGAUCUCAUUCUCGCUGCAAUCUCGCUCCGGUCUUGCUCCGUUCACGAUCUCGCUCCGAUAUGGACUCGAUUCUCUUCGUUCAUGUGAAAAUGCAUUGCGGUGCAUUGGUGAUAAUGAUGUUCAAAAGCUUGGAAGAAGUGUUUUUCCUGAAAAUUUGAAGGCUACUACUAUCAGCGAGAUUACUAGGCUCAGGAACGUUGCAAUGACAUCAAUUACUUCACGCUUUGUGGUUGAUGAACGGACUAUCCAGAUGCCGGUAAGUCUACAACAAGAGACAGAUACUUUACUUCAGUGGUCAGAUACCAAAGUAGAGAAAGCUGAUUAUUCCAAAAUAACUUGUUCAGGAUAUCACAGUUUUUAAUGGUGUUCUGUAGUUUUAUUUAAUGUACUUAUUUCAUAUCGAUCAUCUGUGUAUCUAUGUGUGAAAGUUAACUCUGGAAAUCAGUUUCUCCUUGAUGUGUUGUGAUUUUUCAUAGUAGAAAUUGAUGUGUUGUGACUUUUAAGGUACUAUGUGUCAAGAUUUUAUUGGAUUAAGUUAUAUAUGAACUUUCCUUCUCUUUGGAUCUGUGAUAUAUCUUGUGCAACCUUUGGAUUACGCUAGUAAUAUUUGUCACACUUCAUAUAUAUGUAAUGGUACUCGGUUGAAUUGCUUGUUUCUUCUUUUAUUUGUUUAUGGUUUUGUGAAUCUGUGCAACCACAUAAAAUGUCUAGUACCUAGGGAAGGAUAGGUGUGAUCAAGUACAAUAGUGAAUUUAGUUCUGUUUGUUUACUUCUGUUUACCUUAACACUACAACCUUGUCUUGUUUAGGUUCCUUGUAUAAACGCAGUACACAAUGCUAUAUUUUUGUGACUAUUUUGAAAUGCUUAUAGGGAAGGUUAGUGUCUUAUGCUUUUAAUGUUUAUGCUCAACUUGCCUACAAAUAUGGCUAUAGCAGAUAUUGUGGCUUCAAGUUUUCCUUUACAAUAACUCAAAAUGGUGGCAUAAUUUUGUUGGAAUGCGAUCAUAUCAGAUGCAGGUUGACCUUCUACUGGAGGUUCUUAAUAUUGUGUCUGGUUUUGGUCCAACUUCUGGUUCAGCUCUUACCAGUCAUAUGGAUGUUGACAAGGGUAGGUUGCUUAAUUUGUAUCUGUUAUUGAUCCAGCAAGGAAUCCGUCAAGAUUCUUCUCCAAAGACUCUGGAUAUUGUCAAUCUACUGCAUAAUAAUACUGAACCAUUCUGCCUCCACGUCGCAGAAAGGAAGUUGACUUGGUUAAGGACGACAUCAAAAUCAUAGACAUCCCUGUGCACUUGGUUAAGGUAUAUUCAACAAUGGAGUUUCUUUAUGAUGUUUUUGUGUGUGUCUGUAUUCAGCAAUGGAGUUCAUUUAUGACUUGGGUCAAUUCAUGGAAAGAGGGAAAUAUUGGUACUUCCUUUAACACUUAAAAUCUUUGAAAAUUUCCAAGUAUAACAUGCAUAUUUGCUUCAUUUAAUUUAGCUUUUUUCAAAUUUGUAACGGAUGAUAAUUAAUUUAUAAUUAGCUCUGUUUUGGGCAUGGCUUCA